UUCCUCUUUCUUUCUCUCUCUCAAAGAUCUUCGGAUUCUUGGUUGGAGAAGAAAGAGCUCUCUCAAUCAAGCAGCAAUGGAUGUUGAUUCGCAGCCGACGAUGGAAGAAACCAUCUUGGUGGGUGAUGACCUCAUGCUUGGGCCGCCGUCGCCUCUUAUCCCCCCAGAGAUCGCGUCUCACGUGCUCGAAGGUGUCGAUACCUGUGAGAGAAUUCUGAGGAAUCUUUUCUUGUGUCUACAGAUCAAUGAUAUCGAGCCUUUUUGCCAAGAUGAGAUUGUGUUGUACAGACAGUGUGCCGAGAAAAGGGAUAAGGAGCUGAGGCGACGACUUCAAGAGAGCGAAUAUAAGCUGGGUUUAUCGAUGCCCAUGGAAGAAGCAAAGGAGAGGGUGAGCCAGCUUCAAGCUUCGGUCACAUCCCUAGAGAGGCGCAUGAUUCUUGCAAGUGGGAUGGAAGGAAUGGAAGGGUUUCGCCAGCGAUGGAGUUUGCAUGGUCGCCUUGAAGAUACCAAAAAAAGGUUGGAGUCAUUGAAUCGGGGAAUGGAAAAGAGCAAAGGGGAGGAGACCCCAAAAGUUAUGCAAGCAGAUCCUGUCAAGAAGAGAUGGUUUUUUUGGUAGAUAUGUUUCUUCUUUUUGUUCAAAUUUCAUUUCACGAGGUGGUCUCCUUUAUUUUGUUAAGUAAGGCACAGGGUUUCUCUGAGUCCCGUUGCAUUUGUGUUGCUAGCCUUGGCUUAUACACGUGUUCAAUAUUUUUCCUACUGCUCUUUUUUCAUGUUGCAUACACAUGAUCCUACUUGUUAGUCUUAACAAUCAAGUACAUAAACUAUCAGUUCUUUGCUGUUCUGUUAGUUCUGGACAUAAAUUCUUUAGAACACCA